AUGAAAGGCCUGAAAUCUAAUCUCCAUUGACAGAUACAACAGAGCAAAGGAAGGACCAGAAAGAAAGAAAGAAAGAAACCAUCUUCAACUUUUCAAAAACAAACGAAAAACACGGCACGGCUAAGAUAUUUCUUUCUUUCAUUUCUUUUUCUUUUACAUUUCUUAGUAACAGUCUCUCUAUUUUACAAUUUAAUCAAAAAAGAAAAACGAAAAUGAGCGAUCAGAUAGCCAAAGGAGAGGAAUUCGAGAAGAAAGCUGAGAAAAAACUAAACGGCUGGGGCUUAUUCGGCUCCAAAUAUGAAGACGCCUCCGAUCUCUUCGAUAAAGCCGCCAAUUCCUUCAAGCUCGCCAAAUCUUGGGAUAGAGCUGGAUCAACUUAUGUCAAGUUGGCAAACUGUCAUUUGAAGUUGGAUAGUAAACAUGAAGCUGCCCAAGCUUACGUUGAUGCUGCUCACUGUUAUAAGAAAACAACCGCUAAUGAGGCGAUAUCUUGCUUAGGCCAAGCAGUAGAAAUGUUUUGCGAUAUAGGAAGGAUCAGUAUGGCUGCAAGAUAUUACAAGGAAAUUGCUGAAUUGUACGAGUCAGAAGCAAAUGUUGAGAAAGCUAUGGACUUUUAUGAAAAGGCAGCUGAUUUCUUCCAAGGUGAAGAAGUAACGACUUCUGCCAAUCAAUGCAAGCAGAAAGUAGCCCAGUUUGCUGCUCAGCUAGAACAAUAUCAGAAGGCAAUUGAGAUUUAUGAAGAGAUUGCACGACAUUCACUUAGCAAUAACUUGCUCAAGUAUGGAGUCAAAGGUCAUCUUCUGAAUGCUGGCAUUUGCCAUCUCUGCAAAGGCGAUGUUGUUUCUGUUACUAAUGCAUUAGAGAGAUAUCAGGACCUGGAUCCAACAUUUUCAGGAACUCGUGAAUAUAGACUCUUGGCGGAUGUUGCCGCUGCCAUUGAUGAGGAAGAUGUUGCCAAGUUUACUGAUGUUGUCAAGGAGUUUGACAGCAUGACCCCAUUGGAUUCCUGGAAAACAACCCUUCUGUUGAGGGUAAAAGAGAAGCUGAAGGCGAAGGAACUGGAGGAGGAUGACCUUACCUAAAUUUGAGUUUCAGUUUCUGUUCGUGAAGUUUUUCACCAAUGAUUGUAUCUGUCGGUUUAUUUACACUGUUUCUGUUACUAAAUUUUUCCUUAUCUGUUUGGUUUUUAAUUAGAGAGUGCAAUUUGGACAUGAGCUUGUAAUUUGCAAUGUGGUGCUUUAAUCGAAUGUGUGGUGACCCCAUGAACUUGGAAGGGGGUGGGAUUUGAUAGAGUAUACAAUGGCAUUUCUUGAAUCAAAGCAUCUUGCUCUUGUUUA